AUGCGCAUGUUCAAGCUCGUAACCACAAUGCCCGACCUCCUCCCCCACCCCUCCGCCGAUUCCCGCACCACCUCCUCCGCAGAACCACCGCCCUUCUCGGGUCAACAAGCUGACAACCGCCGCUCCGAAAGCCCACCGCUGCUCACGACCGAAGCCGCCUUCUAUCAGCAGCAGCGCGCCUUCGAAGAGGCCGCCGCCGCCGCCGCCGCCCGCGACUACGACCCCGACGGGCCCAGGUCCCUCGCGGGCAUCGCCCUGCGCUCCUUCUGCCUCGGCCUCACCGCCGCCCUCGGCCUGUCCCUGUCGGCCUACCUCCUCCUGGCGGCGCGCCCCUCGGCCCCGCGCCUCGGCCGCCUGCCCCUGUUCCUCGCCGCCCUCGCGGCCUUCCACUUCCUCGAGUUCUGGACCACGGCCCGCUACAACGCCCCCGCCGCCAAGGUCUCGUCCUUCCUCCUGCGCGCCAACUGGCCGGGCUACGCCGUCGCCCACGCCGCCGCCGCGCUCGAGUGCCUGCUCGUCGCCCUCGUCUGGCCGGCGCGGGACCUGGCGGCGCCGCUCCUCCCCGGCGCGGGCCCGCUCCUCGUGGCGGCGGGCGGCCUGCUCGUGCUCGUCGGCCAGGCCGUGCGCAGCCUCGCCAUGGCCGAGGCCGGGCGGAGCUUCAACCACAUCGUGCAGCAGCAGAAGCGCGACUCGCACGUGCUCGUCACGUCGGGCGUGUACGCCUACCUGCGGCACCCGAGCUACUUUGGCUUCUUCUGGUGGGCGCUCGGCACGCAGCUCGUGCUCGGCAACGUCGUGUGCUUCUGCGCCUACGCCGCCGUGCUGUGGCGCUUCUUCUCGGCGAGGAUCAGGCACGAGGAGGAGUUCCUCGUGCGCUUCUUUGGGGACGACUACGUCCAGUACCGGAGGAGGGUAGGCGUCGGGAUCCCGUUCAUAUGA